AUGGCAUUCCCGAAUAAAGAAGCCCCGCCCGUAGAAUUGGCAUACAUCCAGAUGAUACAGGAUUCUUGUAUCUUUAAAACGGCCUUGAGUGGUGUGGGUGGCUUUGCACUAGGCGGAUUAUUCGGAAUGUUCAUGUCAUCAUUUGAAAUGGCUAGCGUUGAUCCGGCGAUAUACGAACAGCCGAUGAAACAGCAAUUGAAGGCCACCGCGAAGGACAUGGCCUCACGUUCUUUCUCUAUGGCAAAAAGUUUUGCUGUUAUGGGAGCCAUAUUUUCGGGUACGGAAUGCAUCAUCGAGGGGGAAAACUUUCAAAAGGCCGGAAGCAUGAUGGCCGAAACAAAUAUGCAACAGUUAAAGGCCCAAUUCCAAAUUUUGAAAACCAACCUCGAGGAGUAUGCUCGCAAGUACCGUAAGGAAAUUGAGAAGGAACCCAUGUUCCGAACGCAUUUUUCAAAGAUGUGCGCUAAUGCCGGAGUUGAUCCGCUUUUAUCAAACAAAGGGUUCUGGGCCGAACUCUUGGGAUAUGGGUUAAUUGAAUUGGAAGAAUUGAAACGACAAUUGACAAAGAAACGAAGUAAUAACACCAAUGGUGGAAUUGGUUCAUCACAAGUCAGCGAGGAUGAUAUUGUACGCGCGAUCAAGACACUCAAGCCCCUGGGCAGUGGAUUCGAGGUAUUACAAAUCGGCGACCGAAAAAUGGUGAGAUCGGUUCCCAGGGAAUUAAACGUCGAUCAGUCUAGCAUACUUCUCUUGGCACAGGGCUAUGUUACGAAGGGGAUGAUUGAGUCAGAAUUGAGAUGGGCGAAGGAGCGUAUUGACGAUGUUGUUGAUACCUUGCUUGCAGAUGGUCUUUGCUGGAUUGACGAGCAAGCGGAUCCGAUCGAAUACUGGGUACCCAGCUUCUUCAAAGGUGAUGAGCAAUAUGAUGUCAUCGUUCUUGGUACCGGCCUGACUGAAUGUAUUCUUUCGGGACUAUUGUCUGUCGACGGAAAGAAAGUUCUUCACAUGGAUAGGAAUGACUACUACGGCGGAGAAAGUGCCAGUUUGAACUUGACUCAGCUUUAUCGGAAAUUCCGUCCAGGAACAGAGUCCCUACAAGAAUUGGGACGUGAUCGUGAUUACAACAUCGAUCUCAUUCCCAAAUUUAUGAUGGCUAAUGGAGAGCUUGUGAAAAUCCUCACUCACACCGACGUAACACGAUAUCUCGAAUUUAAACAAAUCUCUGGUUCAUACGUAUUUCGAGAUGGCAUAAUUUCCAAGGUGCCCGCCAGCGAACUCGAAGCCGUUCGUAGUCCGUUGAUGGGAUUAUUUGAAAAGAGGAGAGCAAAAAAAUUCUUCGAAUACAUGCAAAAUUGGAGAGAGAAUGACCCAAGGAUCGACCUUAACACUGUGACGAUGUCAAAGGUUUACGAAAAGUUUGGUCUUGAACCUGGUACCCAAGAUUUUAUUGGUCAUGCUAUGGCCUUAUACUUGGACGAUUCGUAUGUACCGGAUGUUCAUCGAUAUCCUGUUAGUCUAAUCAAGUUGAUACUGAGUUUGAGUGCCAUCUAUGGUGGUACUUAUAUGCUCGAUAAACCGGUAGAUGAGAUCGUUUACGAUGCAGAUGGUCGCGUUUGCGGCGUACGUUCGGGCGAUGAAGUCGCCAAAGCAAAGCAAGUUAUCGGUGAUCCCUCCUAUUUUCCCGGAAAAGUUCGAAAAGUUGGAAAAGUCAUUCGUGCCAUCUGUAUACUCAAGCAUCCUAUACCCAACACCGAUAAUGCCGAUUCCAUUCAAUUGGUGAUUCCACAAAAUCAAGUCAAAAGAAAACAUGAUAUCUACAUUGCCAGCGUGUCUUCCGCUCAUAAUGUUUGUGCAAAGGAUUACUAUCUUGCCAUUGUAUCUACUAUCGUUGAAACGGACAAUCCGGAGGCUGAAAUUAAACCUGGUCUAGACCUACUUGGACCGUGCGUUGAGAA